UGUUGCUUCUGGUGUUGUGGUUGUGCUGAUGCUGUCUGCACGAGUUAUAUGGGUUGAAAGUUGACGAUUUCUAUUUUAUUUAACAGCAGACAUGGUUUCAAUGCCAGUGAAGUAUUUCGGAACUCUGUUAAAUGCAGUUAGCUCUCCUUUACGGUCUUUCCGACCGGCACUUGUGAAUGCUAAAGCGAGGUGCAUUCACACUUCAUCGGUUUGGGAGAAAGAAUCUGUGUCUGGAGAUCAGAAGUCCACGCAAGAUGUCACUGUCACGACUGCCAAGGACACUUCAAUAGCAGAAACCACCUCUGAGACUGCUCCAACAGAUUCACCUCACCCAAUGGAUGUAUUUUUCGAACCUAAGGACAACUGGGACAAGCUCGACAUAGUUGUGGGAAGGCCCUGGGCGAAAGAGGACCUUCGCCUUAAAAGUAACUCUGAUUUACACAAGCUUUGGUAUGUGCUUCUCAAGGAACGUAAUAUGCUCCUUACCAUGAGAGAAAUAUUUAAGUUUAAUAUUAUUCCUGGUCCAGAACGCCUUUAUAAGGUUGAAGAAAGUAUGAAAAAUUUGGAGGAUGUUGUGCGUGAGCGCAACAAAGCAUACUUCGAAUUAGAAACUGGAGAAAGUGGAGAGAGGAAAUGUAAAUACGAGUUGACUCGUAUUGGUUUAUGGCGAAUGCACAAAAUGGAGCAACAUACCAUCCCUAAGCGACUGAACAAAAAGUGGCUUGAAAAGUACCCUCAGUACAUAGAAGAUGACAAGGUUGAUGAGUUCCUGACCCUUUACAAAGAAAAGCUUCUCAAUAAGAAGAAACGUAACAAAGUUCGAGACAGGAUGAUUGUGGAGUCAUUAUUUAGAAGAUUUCCAAAUGUAGACAAGCAACUUUUACAAGAAACGUAUCCAGAGCUUGAUAUUGAAGAGAUAUCUAAGUCUGAAAAGGCUUCAAGUCCAACAGUUCAAUGAUUUUGGAUACUCCUGUUCAUGAGCAAAGCCAUUGUAUUAUAUAGUUUUUGUAUAUCAAAAUUUACUGUUUUUCUUGUGAGGAUUUAUGUUCAAAGAUUUUGAAAUAAAGAAAUGAAAGGAACAUGAAA